CCUCCUCAUCUAAAACUGGAUCAACAGGUCAACACCGUCUCAAGUUACUUCCAUCUCUGCUUCAAUCCAUUCUCCUUCCCUCGAAGAAUCUACUACUACUAGUAGUAGUACUAUUACUACAGCAUUAGCAUGAGUGCAUUCGAAACUGCCGCCGCUGAGGUCAAGCACCUUAAGGCCAAGCCCUCUGAUCAGGAGAUGCUUGAGCUCUACAGUCUCUAUAAGGUCGGAACCCAGAGCAACUUCGCUGAGGCUCCCAAGCCUGGUACUUUUGAUUUUGCGGGCAAGUACAAGUACAACGGUUGGAAGAGACUCCAUGACGAGGGUGUCACCUCUGAUGAGGCUCAGGAAAGGUACAUUUCCCUUGUUGAGGCGCUUAAGGAGAAGUACGGCUCUUAAGCUUUGAUUGGAUCGGAGGCUACGGUGUAUAUAAUGGAUUAUUCUUUGCUGUUAUGUUGUUAUGUUGUUAGGAAAUUGGAUACACAGGCAUUAGGCUGAAUGGAGAGGGG